GGAACGAGACGACAGAAGCCACGCCCACUCUACAGCACCUGCGUAAUUACUCGACAGUAUCGCUCCACGCAGUUCAGGUACGCAGUCGCGAAGUCGUUAGAAAUCAUGGAAUUGACGUAUUAACGUAUCAAGAGUCCGGGACACGAUGUACACGAGCGAGCGCAGACGCAUGAGCCUGCAUGAGGUGAAAAGGAAAAACUCCAUUCGAGUUUCAGCUGGAAGUUUAUGGCAGGACGCUCUGGCGCUGGAGCUGAGCGCUAACAAGAGCGUGACUUCACCACGCAGCCGCAGUCGGGCUUUAUCUGUGGUCUAUGUUGUGGUCGAGGACGCCUCAGUGGCACAAAGUGAGGAAAACCUUUCUCUCAGGUGUGUUAAAGAAGCCUGUGCGGAUUCCCAAGCUGAGCUCCAAACCGUCCCGUUUGAGUCUAUCGCGCACGCCACGGCCAACACACUGGAUGUCUUUUACAACGCAGAUGUAGCCAUAGUUGAGAUGAAUGAUUCUCUCAGGCAGCCCUCUCUCUUCUAUCACCUUGGUGUUCGGGAGAGCUUCAGCAUGACCAAUAACAUCAUACUGUACUGCAACAAGCAAGAGGAUGACCUCCAGCUUCUAAAGGAGCAAUGUGGGAGCUACACAUUCAUUGCUUACAUGGUGUCACCUCAAGGCAAGGUGUUUGCCUGUGAUGCGACUCUGAUGAGGGGAAUCACAGAGAUCCUGCAGCCUAGCUUCACCAUCGAGCCGCUUCUGACACCUUUAGUGGAGCAGCUGGUCAAGCUGUUUGACAAUGUGCACAUCCACGCAAGUGAGUAUGUACAUGAAUCGAUUCGACGGGAGAUCCGGAUGGCACGUGAACGUUUCACUGGGGAAUCCCUGAGCCAGGAGCUGAAUCGAAUCCAGAAACGCCUGGACACUGUGGAGCUUCUCAGCCCUGAUAUAGUGAUGAACCUCCUGCUGUCAUAUCGUGAUAUCCAGGAUUAUGAGUCCAUAAUUAAUCUGGUGGAGACCCUGAAUGACUUGCCCAUGUGUGCAGUAGCAAUGCAGCCAAACAUCAAGUUUCAGUACAUAUUUGCGUUGAAUAGGAGGAAUCACCCAGGUGACCGUGAGAGAGCCCUGUCAGUGAUUCUGCCCAUACUGCAAUCAGGAGAGCCAGUGGCCUCAGAUGUCUACUGUCUCUGUGGCCGCAUUUAUAAAGACAUGUUCCUGAGCUCUGGCUUUAAGGAUACACACUGCCGAGAUCAAGCCAGCUGCUGGUAUACUAAAGCGUUUGAAAUGGAGCCCUCACUGCACUCGGGCAUUAACACAGUGGUACUUCUCAUGGCUGCCGGUCAUCAGUUUGACUCCUCUGUUGAGCUGAGAAAGAUUGGAGUGACUCUCAGCAGUUUGCUUGGCAGAAAGGGGAGUUUGGAGAAGAUGCACGAUUACUGGGAUGUAGGUUUCUACCUGGGGGCUGGAAUUCUUGCCAACGAACACAAGAAAGUAAUAGAAGCCUCAGAGAAACUCUACCGCCUCAAAGCACCAAUGUGGUAUCUUGGCUCAGUCAUGGAGACCUACAUUCUGUACAAACAGUUUGCCAAACCCCCAGAGGUGACGCACCCCAAACAGGAAAUUGUGGACUUCUGGAUGGAGCUUCAUGUGCAAGCAUGCAAACCUACUCUUUCCACUGCACGCUGCCCGGUCCUUGUCCUAGAGCCCACUAAACUAUUCCAGCCCAGCAUAUUGAGCGUGUGUGAGGAGGACAAGAGCCGCACCGUGCAGCUGAGAUAUGUUACACCGCUACAGAAAGGCCUACAUGAGUGGAUAUUCCCUGCAUCAGCAAUUCGUGGAGUGAGUGUCUCUAAAUUUGAUGAGCGAAGCUGUUUCCUGUAUGUGCUCUACAACUCCGAUGACUUCCAGCUGUGUUUCCCAAGUGAUCUGCACUGCAAAGGAUUCUGUGAGCUGGUAAACGCUCUGAUCUGUCGGACAGAAGGCGCAGGCGAUGACUCCACCUUGCACAGCGAAGGACUGCUGGAGUACAUGUACGAGAAAGGAGAGAAUGGGGAGAAAGUGGUGCUGGGGAAAGGAACCUAUGGAGUGGUGUACGCUGGACGAGACUUGAGCAAUCAAGUACGCAUCGCUAUCAAGGAGAUUCCAGAGAGAGACAGCACUUACUCUCAACCUCUCCACGAAGAGAUCGCCUUGCACAAGAGACUGAAGCAUCGCAACAUCGUGCAGUACCUGGGCUCUGUCAGUGAGGGUGGCUUCAUCAAGAUUUUCAUGGAGGAGGUGCCAGGAGGAAGUUUGUCUUCGCUCUUAAGGUCAAAGUGGGGACCUCUUAAAGAUAACGAACCCACCAUUGUCUUCUACACCAAGCAGAUUCUAGAAGGACUGAAAUACCUCCAUGAUAACCAGAUAGUUCACAGAGAUAUCAAGGGUGAUAAUGUUCUGAUCAACACAUACAGUGGAGUACUGAAGAUCUCUGAUUUUGGAACAUCUAAAAGACUAGCAGGAAUUAACCCGUGUACAGAAACCUUUACAGGCACUCUGCAGUACAUGGCUCCAGAAAUUAUAGACCAGGGCCCACGGGGUUAUGGGAAACCAGCAGAUAUCUGGUCUUUAGGCUGCACCAUUAUAGAGAUGGCCACUGGGAAACCCCCUUUCCAUGAGCUGGGCAGCCCACAGGCUGCAAUGUUCAAGGUCGGCAUGUUUAAGAUCCACCCCACUGUACCAGAGUGCAUGUCCGAGGAUGCUAAAUCCUUCAUCAUGCGCUGCUUUGAGCCCAAUCCUGACAAGAGGGCCAUCGCAUCUGAUCUGCUGAAGGAUACUUUCCUUAAGAGCAGCACCAAGAAGAGGAGCAAGCCUCUGACCAGCUUAGCUGAGACAGAUCCCAGUUCCCCCGGAGAAUACCAGAGGAGCAUGUCUGUACCCAUAACUGUGUAUGUGGAGGACGUGGACAGCGACAGGACAGAACUGUCUAGUUCUUACAAUCCGAGUAAAACUAUUCAUUGCCUCAGAGAAAAUGACAUUUCAGAGAGCCCUCCCUGCACCAACAAUUUUCUGCUGACACCAGAGGGACAACAGGGGGACAUGAUGAGUCCUGCUGUGUCAGGAGAGCACCUUGGACUCUUCUUGCUCAGGAAAGACAGUGAGAGGAGAAGCACUCUGCACCGAGUACUUACUGAUUAUAUCAAUCAAGUCCUGGAUAAUAUAAAUGAAUCACUUCCACAGACUGAAGAGCCCUGCAUCAGCUCUGAGCACAUCAAGCAGCUGAUUGGUUGUCUGCGAGAAAACAUCCGCUCCCCAGACAGGAAGCAGCUGACUAACCGACUCCUGAAGUUGCGCUUUAGCCUUCAUGAUGAUGCAGUUCCUCUCAGCAGCCUGCAGGCGGCACUCUUCAGCUUCCAGGACGCUGUGAAGAAGGUGCUACGGCAACAGCAAGUGAAACCUCACUGGAUGUUCGCUCUGGAUAACCUGCUCAGACAGGCUGUGCAAGAUGCCAUUACUGUGCUUCUGCCAGAGCUCAAGCUACAGCUCCAGUCAUCGUUCGAGGUGGAGGAGGGUUGUCCUGAAACAGACCAGCUGGCAGAGAAACCAAGUGCAGAGUCACACAACGAGACUAGUGGCUCAUCUCAGGAACAUCAGCAGCACUCAACAGAGAGCAUCAGUGCCAGGGUGCCCAACGGCCUCACCACCAGCUGUAGCCCUCUCGCCCAGGAAUUCAUAUUUUUAUGCAAGGAGACCAGGAGGUUGCUGAAUCAGCUAAAUGAGAAGGAGAAGGAAUACCAAGAACUCCUAACGAACUCGCUGCAGAAUGUACAAGGGGCAGUUGACACGCUGAAGUUUAAGACUACACCAGAAAGCAGUGAUAAUAAGACUGCCUGCCAUAGUGUUCAGACCCUGGCCAUGGUGCGCUGGCUGAAGGCUGUCCCAGUGGAUGAACACACCAUAAACAUACUCGUGAAUCAUUGCUUUACGCUAGACAUCCUGCUCCAUAUGGCCUCCAAAGAUGACCUCAAGUACUGUGGCAUCAAAGGUGGGAUUGUGUGUCGUCUUUGGCGAGCCAUUUCUACACAGAGGAAGAGUCACCUCAGCGUGGUCACGGAGGACAGUGAAGAAACUGUACUCUAACUCACCACUCUGUGGAUUGAGAAUCAUAUGAGCUCAAUGAGCUUUGAACAUUGUUCUGUCUGGCAACAUGUUCCUUUCAUGUGGGUUUUGAUUUAUUUAUUUAGUUUCACUGGGGAAGAUGAUCGACGGUCUUGAAAUUGCCUCCUUUUAAAUUUAUGAUCUACUUUUUCAUUUUGUUCUCUCUUUCUCUGUGUAUUUUCAUGUUUUCACAGUGUGUUUUUGGGGGAAAGGGGUUUAUUUUGGGCCAUCAAGGGUUUUUAGUUUGUUCAUCUUUUAACAUUCUAUGCAGAACCCUACUACAGUGUUCCCUGAUUCCUUUAUUAUACUAUAUUAUACUAUUUAAAUAAGCCCUAGAAAACUUUUUUUUUUAAAUAAUAAUAGUAGGUGUAUGUGUAACUAUAUUAUAUAUAGUUACAAAGAUUUUAGAUGUACACACAGGUGACAAAUGAAAGGAAAAACACCAGUGACUUAGUAAGGCAUCAGGUCAAAACAAGCUGCCAUAACACUUUUAAUGUGUCUUGGUGCAAGUCUCUGAAGAUGCAAUGGACAGAUAAACACGCUUCCAAGAUAUUCUCUCAGGUUGUAUUUUGAUGAUGGUGCUGGAGAGUACCAGUUUAUAUGACUAAUACCAAAAACCUCCCAAAACGCUAUGGUUGGAUUGCGAUCUAGUGAUCAUUUUCAUAUUCAGUGAACUAUUCAGUGAGCCCUUGGACAUAAUCAUUCUGGCAAAGACCUCUCCAAUCAGGAUGUAGAAAUGCUUCAUCUUAGGAUAAAGCUGAUCAAACAGACCAACUUUGUAUUAUUCAACAGUGACUAUAUUUAGUAGAGUCAAUGCAUGCCAGCAAAAUGUCCCCAAAGCAUAGCAGCCGCUGAAUUACCUUUCGUUUUUGUGUGUGUAUUGGAAUACAAAGGAUUUGGCAUUUUAAUUAUUUUGAAUGCCAAGUGUUGUCACCUCCAUCUUCAGAAGCAAUUUGUUUGCCUUAAACAAGUGAAAAACUGUGAACUGUUUAAAAAGUUUUGUUUCUCUGGAAACUUUUUUUUUAACUGAAGUAAUGUUUAUUACUUAAUUAUACUACUUUUGUUUUUUGUUUUGUUUUUGCUUCUUCAGAUUUAGACAUGAAAUCUGUACCAUCUAUAACUGGUGCUUGUUUAAUGAAAAUGAGCUUGUACAAUGAACCCAUUUUUCACUGCAACUAUAAGUUAACACCAUCACUACAGAAUAAUGGACAUUAAAACAUGUGACUGUUUCAACAAA